AUGAGCAGUGAGCGCGAGAAAUGCAUUGCUAUGGCAAGAAUACUCAGUGACUUGCCAAACAAAGCACUUGAUAUGGUCAAGUACGUAAAGCGUGCUAUUGAGCUUAAUCCAAUUUUAGAUGCAUCAGAACGUUCUCUUUUAAUGGUAUCUUAUAAAACACUAAUCUCUACUCGUAGACAAGGUUUACGCCAUCUUUUAUUGCAAGAUGAUGAGGUUAGUGAAUCGUCCGAUGUAUGCAAGCAUAAAAUUGAGCAAAUUAAAAAAGAUUUAGUGACAGAAUUAGUUAACAUUUGCAAUGAACUCUUCGAUUUACUCGAUAAUACGCUUAUCCCAAAGACUACAGAUCCAGAAUCCAUCGUUUUUUAUCAAAAAUUAAAGGCAGACUACUAUAGAUACAUUUGCGAAGCCCAGACAGAUGAAGCGUUUGAAAAUGCUAAGCAAAAAGCAAUGGAAUCAUAUGAAUCAGCACUUUCUGUGUCAAAACAAAACCUUCAAUCAUUUACUCCAACAUCAUUGGGUUUGAUUUUGAACUAUACUGUCUUUUUGUUCGAAAUUGCGGACAAAAAACAAGAAGCUAUAAACUUAGCACAAGAAACUUACCAAAAUUGUGCUCCUCUUAUUGAGCAAAACACUGAAAAUUCUCGUGCAGAAGCAUCAGACAUAAUUCGUCUCCUUGAUGAAAAUAUUAAGAUGUGGGAGACAAGUUUAGAAGAACCCGCUACAGAGGAGUGA